AUGGGUUAUUUAAUGCCGACAAGAUUUUUAUUGCUGGUAAUAUUUUUUUUAUCUAUCUAUCUAUCUAUCUAUCUAUCUAUCUAUCUAUCUAUCUCAAUUUUUAUUGCUGGUAAUAUUUUUUAUCUAUCUAUCUAUCUAUCUAUCUAUCUAUCUAUCUAUCUAUCUAUCUAUCUAUCUCAGUAUAUAUUGUGCCUGACAGCAUAUUUACAUAUGGUUUUUUUGUUUUCUAUUCAACAUUUGCACAAAUUACAUCUAUAUGUCUAUCUUCACCUUUUCAUAUCUAUCUAUCUAUCUAUCUAUCUAUCUAUCUAUCUAUCUAUCUAUCUAUCUAUUUCAAGUUUUGUUCAUAAUAUCUAUCUAUCUAUUUAUCUAUCUAUUGUUCAUAUAAUAUCUUUCUUUCCGAUUUUUCAAAUUUUCUAUAUAUCUAUCUAUCUAUCUAUCUAUCUUCUAUCUAUCUAUCUAUCUAUCUUUUUAUUUUUCUUUCUUUUUUUUUCUUUCUUUCUUUUUUUCUUUCUUUUUUUUGUUCUAUUUUAUAUAUUUUCAUUUCAAAAAUUCAUAAUUCUAUCUAUCUAUCUAUCUAUUUUAUAUAUCUAUCUAUCUAUCUAUGUUCAUAAUAUCUGUCAACCUCCGCUUUUUCAAAUAUAUCUAUCUAUCUAUCUAUCUAUCUAUCUAUCUAUCUAUCUAUCUCCGCCUUUUCUUUCUUUUUUUCUUUUUUCUUUCUUUCUUUCUUUCUUUCUUUCUUUCUAUUUCAGUCUGUUUAUAAUAUCUAUCUAUCUAUCUAUCUAUCUAUCUAUCUAUCUAUCUAUCUAUCUAUCUAUCUAUCUUCUCCUUUCUUUAAAAAUAAAUCUAUCUAUCUAUCUAUUUGUCAUUUUCACAUCCGUCCAUCCGAGCCAUUAUCUAUCUAUCUAUCUAUCUAUCUAUCUAUCUAUCUAUCACAUCCGUCCAUCCGAACCAUUAUCUAUCUAUCUAUCUAUCUAUCUAUCUAUCUAUCACAUCCGUCCAUCCGAACCAUUAUCUAUCUAUCUAUCUAUCUAUAUAUCUAUCUAUCUAUCUAUGUCUGAGCAUUGA